AUGGGUUUCAACUAUGGCAUCCUCAUCCUCCCUAUCCGCGCCGUCCAGGCCCUAUUCUCUAUCAUCGUCCUCGGGACUCUCGCAUAUGCCGCCGACCGCCUCUUCGACUCCCCCUCCGAGAUCAACUUCCUCAUCUUCGCCUCCGUCUGGACCCUCCUAGCACUAGCCUACCUCAUCCUCGCGCCCAUGAAAUUCCCUCAAUUCGCACACAAAUUCGCCAUCCUGGGCGUCGAGGCUGUAACCAUGAUCUUCUGGUUCGCGGGAUUUAUUGCCUUGGCUGAUCUGCUGGGUGAUGCGAGGUGUUCCGGGAGAGGUGGCAGGGGAAAUGGUGUUUGUAGGAGUAGUAUUGCCGGGUGUGUGUUUGCGGCUUUUGAGUGGAUCCUCUUCGCUAUCACAACGGCCGUUUCCGGACUUCAUGCUUGGAAAAACAGGAAUGAGACGACUGUCAAGCAAGAUCCAGCUGCUGAGGUUCAUAACCCUGUCUAA